AUGCCUGAAGCGACAGGAAAUAUUCCUAACCCUGUAGACUUCAUGGCCACCUUAGAAAAUAUGGCCACGUUCAUCCUCCGACAUUCAGAGGAACCUCGAACCCUACUAAUGCGGAUAAUUGGAUACAAGCUAUUGAGUGAGCAUUACAGGCUCAGAAGGUUCCUGAUGAACAGUGGGUUGAGUUUGGAACCUACCAGCUACACGGUGAAGCCCAGCAUUGGUGGCAAUGCAAAUGCUAAAGAACUUGAACUACUUCAGCUGAAACAGGGCCAGAUGACCAUUACUGAGUACACAAGCAAAUUUGAGGAACUGUGUCGCUUUUCACAAAUCUGUCAGGGAGCUCCUAAGGACUUUGCUGAGUGGAUGUGCAUAAAAUAUGAAGGAGGCCUUCGGAGUGAUCUUCAGAUAUUUAUAGCACCUAUGGUGAUUCGGGUGUUCUCUGAGCUUGUGAAUAAGAGCACGGUGCCUGAGGAGUGUGUCAGAAGGGCUGCAGUAGAAAAAGGGAAUAUAAGGAUACCAUUCCAGAGGACUACAGGGAGGAAUUUUGCACCUGAGGGCAGACAGUUUGGGACUGGAGUCAAUUAUUCCUGUGGGGAGCCUGGACAAUUGGCUAAUAGUUACCCAGAGAAGAAAAGGAAUGAGACAGGUAGAGUACAGCAGCCAGGGAGAGUAUAUACUACUUCUACAGUAGAUGCUGAUGGGUCAGAGACAUUGAUCCGAGGUAAUUGUGAGAUAACUGGUAAAAUUUUGAAUGCCUUGUUUGAUUCUGGAGCUUCACAUUCAUUUAUUGCAUUUGAGAAGGCUGAUGAGUUAGGAUUGAAAAUAGUAGUCAUAGGAUAUGAUUUAAAGGUGUAUAAUGCUACCCACGAGGCUAUGAUGACUAGGUUAGGGUGCCCCCAAGUUCUAUUUCGAAUACAACAGCGUGAAUUCGUGAUGACUUAA